AUGAAGUACAUUAUUGAGCAUAUGGAAGAAGGCUUUAGCGAAUGGGUUAUUCUAGAGUACAGCCAAAUUCUACGUGAUAUAGGAGCUUCUAAUUUAAUAUUAUCUUCCUUACCAAAGAAUACUACUGCAAGGGAUAUUCCACAGAGGUUAUUGGAUUUAGGACUACAAUGGACUACUGAAGAUUUAGUAAACUUACAAAAAUCAUUUCCUGAAUUAGAACCAUUAAAGGAUGGUAGGGUCUGCCUUUUAGAUCCAAACGCUACCAUUGAUCUAUUGCCUGAAGAUGCUAAUAAGUUUGAUUAUUUUGUUUUUGGUGGUAUUUUGGGUGACCAUCCUCCAAGAGAUCGUACCAAAGAAUUACAAAUGGCUUACCCUAAAUUAGUUGUCGGUAGAAGACUUGGUGAUAAACAAAUGACUACAGACACUGCAAUUAGAACUACACAGAUUAUAAUUCAAAAACAAACGAAAUUUGAAGAUAUAAAAUUUAUUGAUUAUCCAGAAUUUAGAUUUUCUAAAAAAGAAGCUACUGAAAUGCCUUUUAGGUACGUACUUGAUUCCAACGGUAAACCAAUUCUACCUGAAGGAAUGCUAGAAUUGAUUAAGCACGACUCUGAACAAUCUCUGGAUGAUUUGUUAGCGUAA